AUGAUCAGUUUCAGUCGGCAACGCCUGGGUGGAGGAGUUGGAAGACGACUGUGUAUGCCAAUUUACAGUGGAAGCAGCGACAGUGCUUUUAAGAAUAAAUAUUUUGUUUUAAAAAAAAUAAAUCAUAAGUAUGAAAAUGUUUUACUCUUUGGGGAUGUUAGCAAGUUAAGGGAUACAGCAGUGGAGCUUAUAAAAGGCAUCUCCUCAUCAGGUGAUAACAGUAACGAGGGGUAUGCAAAUUUGAAAAUAAAAAAAUAUAUAAGUAGCGAGGAGAAGAAAGCGAGAGAGUUAGAGGAUGCCGUGGAAGUGGAGAUGGAAGUAGACCCGGACAGUACUGCGGAUAAUAAUCGCUUAAUGUAUAGGAAUGCAAAUGCUGUACAAAAUACCCCUUGCAAGGGUAGGAAUCCUGAAAUGGAGAAGAAAUUCUCCUUUUGGCAGAUUUACAGUAUGCGGGUUAAGAAAAGUUUCCACAUGUUUAGCCCAAGUGAUUUUUCCCUAAUUCUUCAGUCCUUUCAUUUGUACAACAAGGACACAGGGAUUUACGUGUCCAGCGUGAAACAUAUUGAAGGUCAAAUUCCAGAGAUGAACGGAGUUUCCUUUGUAAUUAUUUUAAACAUUUUAAGUGCGAGAUUGAAAAAAAAUAAUUAUAAUGAUUUUUUUAAAAAGAUGAUGAAUUACUUGCCAAAUGUUAUGUACGAACUGAACAUACGAGACAUGAACAAUAUUAUGAGUUGCUUCUACAAUUUAGAAUUAAGUGACACAAGAAUAUGUGAUAUUUUUUAUCAUAAAAUUUUGUCAAAUUUGAACAAUGUAGAAGACACAUUUACGUUGUCAUCUCUGUGUUAUAUUUUUUUCAAAUACAAUUUUGAAAACCAGCAUUUUUUUGAGAGCCUGAAGAAACGGGGGUUAGUUUUGCUGGACAAUUUUGACUCGGAGCAGUUAUACAAAUUUGUUUUUUCGUUAUAUAAUAAGAACAUUUGUUUGGAAGAAAUAGUGAAUAAAAAGACGAAUGACGUGUUCGCUUUUUUGUCUGAUUAUAAUGAUGAGCAGAGAUUAUUUAUGAGUGAAAUUUUUGGCAUAAAAUGA